AUGGAGGAAGGGAGUGGGGAGUGUGGAGGAGGGGAGUGUGGAGGAGGGGGAGUGUGGAGGAGGGUAGUGGGGAGCGUGGUGGAGGGGAGUGUGGAGGAAGGGAGUGGGGAGUGGGGAGCGUGGAGGAGGGGAGUGGAGAGCGUGGUGGAGGGGAGCGUGGAGGAAGGGAGUGGGGAGCGUGGGAGGAAGAGAGUGGUGAGCAUGGAGGAGGGGAGUGGGGAGCGUAGUGGAGGGGAGCGGGGAGCGUUGAGGAAGGGAGUGUGGAGCGUGGAGGAAGGGAAUAGGGAGCGUGUUGGAGGGGAGCAUGGAGGAAGGGAGUGGGGAGUGUGGAGGAGGGGAGUGUGGAGGAGGGGAGUGGAGAGUGUGGUGGAGGGGAGCAUGGAGGAAGGGAGUGGGGAGCAUGGAGGAGGGGAGUGGGGAGCGUGGAGGAGGGGAGUGGAGAGCGUGGUGGAGGGGAGCGGGGAUCGUUGA